CGACUCGUCCUUGUCACUUCCCAUUUAACUCAAUCGCCCUGCCUACUCCUACUCGGCUGCUACUCCUCUUCCACUUGAUAGCUUCCUACGAUUCUCCUACCUCAGAACAAAUUCGAAGCAUCUCGCCGUCUCCUCCUCCACUCUUACGCGCUAAGCAACUGCUUAACCCUAGUUUUAGCUCCAGCUCUAACCCCAGAGCUGGAGCCGGAGCGCGGGGGAUUCGCUCCUAGCAAGGGGUGCGAUGUCGUCGCCAACGGCCGCGCCGGCGCCGACCACGCCCACGGCCCCGCCGGCCAACGCGACCACCCCGCCACCCCCUACCCCGGCGGCGCCGCCCCCUGCGAAGCCCGCGCCCGCCUCGCCGCCGCCCUCCACCCCCGUCCCGCCGCCGGCGGUCCCCUCUGCGUCCCCGCCCACGCCGUCCACCACCCCGGCGACGCCAUCCGCGCCUUCGCCCUCCUCCCCCUCCUCACCGGGGUCGUCCGCCACCCCGUCCCCGCCCUCGCCGCCGUCAUCCGGGGGAGGGAGGUCGCCGUCCACGCCGUUGUCUGGGGGCAGGUCGCCGUCCACGCCGGGCCACUCGCUCCCGAAGUCGCCGUCGUCCCACUCGUCGGGGGGCGGCGGGUCCGGGGUAUCCACGUCGCUGGUCGUUGGCGUGGCCGUCGGCGGGCUCGUGCUGCUGCUGCUCGCCAGCUUCGUGUGCCUCUGCUGCCUCCGCAAGAAGCGUCGCCGCGCGCCGCCUCCGCCGCACUACGGCUACCCGCCUCCUGCGCUGCCGUACAAGGAGGAUCCUUAUGGUGGAACAUACCAGAGUUGGCAGCAAAAUGCACCUCCUCGUCCGCCUCCUGAGCACGUGGUUAAGAUGCAUCCAUCACCUCCCCCGGCAUAUGCCAACCGUCCUCCACAGCCACCACCACCGCCUCCACCUGCUAUGAUAAGCAGUAGUGGUGGGUCUGGUUCGAAUUACUCAGGUGGCGAGAUCCUGCCUCCACCAUCCCCUAGCGCUGCCCUUGGCUUCUCGAAGAGUACAUUCACAUAUGAAGAGUUGGUGAGGGCAACUGAUGGAUUCUCCGAUGCUAAUCUCCUUGGACAAGGUGGUUUUGGGUAUGUUCACAGAGGAUUGCUGCCUAAUGGCAAAGAGAUUGCAGUAAAGCAAUUGAAACUUGGAAGUGGCCAGGGAGAGCGUGAGUUCCAGGCUGAGGUUGAGAUUAUCAGCCGAGUACAUCACAAGCAUCUCGUGUCUUUGGUUGGUUAUUGCAUUUCUGGAGGGAAGAGGUUACUUGUCUAUGAGUUUGUCCCCAACAACACAUUGGAAUUCCACUUACAUGGGAAAGAUCGACCAACAAUGGAGUGGCCCACAAGAUUAAAGAUUGCUCUGGGCGCUGCAAAGGGUUUGGCAUAUCUUCAUGAAGAUUGCCAUCCAAAGAUCAUCCAUCGUGAUAUAAAGGCAUCAAACAUUCUUCUUGAUUUUAAAUUUGAAGCUGAGGUUGCAGACUUCGGUCUUGCAAAGUUCACUACUGAUAACAAUACCCAUGUUUCGACGAGAGUAAUGGGCACUUUCGGGUAUUUAGCACCAGAGUAUGCGUCUUCUGGCAAGCUCUCUGAAAAAUCAGAUGUAUUUUCUUUUGGUGUCAUGCUUCUUGAGCUAAUAACUGGGCGGCGACCUGUUGACACAUCCCAAACAUUUAUGGAUGACAGCUUGGUUGACUGGGCAAGGCCUUUACUGAUGCGAGCACUUGAGGAUGGUGAUUAUGAAGCUUUGGUGGAUCCUCGGCUGGGAAAGGACUUCAAUCCUCAUGAGAUGGCAAGAAUGAUAGCCUGUGCAGCUGCAUGUGUACGCUAUUCUGCACGUCGUCGCCCACGCAUGAGUCAGGUUGUUCGGGCUUUGGAAGGCGAUGUAUCUUUGGAGGAUCUCAAUGAAGGUAUUCGGCCUGGUCAUAGCCGCUUCUUCGGGUCUUACAGCAGCUCGGAUUAUGAUUCUGGCCAGUACAAUGAAGAUAUGAAGAAGUUUAGGAAGAUGGCGUUUACUAACAACAAUUACACCAGCAGCCAAUACAGUGCGCCUACCAGUGAGUAUGGCCAGGUACAAUCCGGAUCAAGCAGUGAGGGUCAGCAGACGCAGGAGAUGGAGUUGGGUGCGAUGAAGAAAGGUGGCUACAGCGGCUACAGUUCAGGAUACAGAGGAGCCUCGUGAGGAAAUUCCUUUUUUCUUUUCUUUUGGCAUUUUCAUUAUUGCAUUUGUAAAGUCUGGCCGAAUUGUAUGACCAAAGUUGCUGACUUGCGUGUGGUGAACCCAAGUUUGACCGUGUAUAGCUUUUGGUAGCUGGAAUCGUUGAUUCUUUCGUAAGUAUGUUCUUGAUGUUCCCACCAACGUUUGUUGUGCAAUUCAAAGAGAGCUAGUUGACUGUUGA